AUGCAAUACUACUAUGAUGCGAUUGUGGUUGGUGCAGGCUUCGCUGGAAUACGGAGUCUUCAACGUCUACGUAAUGAUGGAUUUUCUGUCAGGGGAAUUGAACGUUCCUCGUCUCUGGGUGGCGCAUGGGUGACCAAUGGCUACCCCGGGGCUCGAUGCGACAGCCCUGCUCCCUUUUAUCAGAUCAUGGACGAGACCCUUGGGAGUGACUGGCAAUGGUCAGAAAACUUUGCUAAGCGACCGGAGAUCAUUGACUAUUUCAAUUACGUUGAUUCAAAAUUGAAUAUCAGCAAGGAUUACGACUUCGAAGUUGCGGUAACUAAAGCGGAAUUUGAUGAGACAAUUGGGAUGUGGCAGGUGUCAGUUUCCGAUGGAAGACUGCUUCGGGCAAAAUGGCUCAUUUUGGGAGUUGGCUUUUCAUCUAAGCCAUACGUGCCUAACAUCGAGGGAUUGCAACGGUCUGAAGGUCAACAGUUUGGAGGCCAAAUUUAUCACUCUGGGGCUUGGCCUUCAUCUGGUAUUGAUGUCAAGGGCAAGAGAGUUGCCAUCAUUGGGACUGGAACAUCGGGUUGCCAGAUUGUUCGAGAGAUUGGGCCUUCCGUUGGAUCUUUAACUGUCUACCAACGGAGUCCAGUGGUUGCCCUUCCUCUUUCGCCUAAAAGAUCUAUGUGCCGAGAUCAUGAAAUGCAGAUAACCAGCAAGGAAAGGCUUUUUGCUGCGCAGUCACUUUCCACAUUCACCGGAUUGGAUCAUGCUUUUCUCGAUCCAACCGCAGUCCCAUUAGACAGCCCUAUGCGGCAGGUCUACUACAACUAUCUUUAUGAGAAGGGAGAGUGGCACAUCCUCUUUUCGAAUUUUAAGGAUGUGUGGCACAGCAAAUCAGCCAACGAUGACCUAUAUUCUUUCUGGGCAAAGCGAACUCGAGAAAAGGUCGUUGACACCGCCAAACGAGAUAUCCUUGUUCCAUCAACCCCAAAAUAUCCCAUUGGAGUUAAGAGAACGUGUAUUAUCGACAACUAUUACGAGACAUUCAAUCUACCCACUGUGGAUCUCGUGGAUGUGACCGAGAAUCCCCUGAAGGAAAUUACCAAAACCGGGAUUCAGAGUGGUGAGGUACAUCGCGACUUUGACAUUAUCAUACUUGCGACUGGUUACCACUCACUUGGGGGCGGAAUUCUCGCACUGGAUAUCACUGGAAGAAACGGAAUGAAGCUAGCAGAUGCGUGGGAAAAUUCGUUCGUGUCAUACUUAGGCAUGACCGUGCCUGGCUUCCCAAACAUGUUCUACCUCAAUGGCCCUGGGGCCCCCAAUCCCCGGGCAAAUGCCCCAACGGUCAUUGAGCACCAAGUAAGGUGGAUCAUGGCCACACUUAAUUACCUGCGCAAGUCUCAGAUCAGAACAUUGGAGCCCACUGACGUUGCUGCUCGAGAGUGGCGUGAAGAAAUUUUGAAGCAAUGGGAUGCCUCAUUGUACUCGUUGACAAUCUCCAUGCAAACUCGAAACCAUGCAUGUUCUUCCAAGGAACCUCUUUGGGUGCACGGGGUUGAUGAAUAUGGCACUCGGUUGGAGUCAUGCCUACCGCCAGCUUUGAAAGGGUUUACCUCCCAGAAGCAAAAGACUUUAUGCAAGGAUGUAAUUGGUGAAGAUCUCACUGAAAAAGGCUUGUGUGGGGUUUCAAACAUCUCCUUCCACGAUCUGGCAAGCUAG